UCAUUCCGCCGCUCUCCUCCCCCAUCCCGGCAGCCGCAGCCGAUGGCCAUGGCGACCUCCACCUUCUCGCCCCCGGCCGCCUUGCAGCUCCCCCUCGCCCGCCGCCACCCGGCCCCCGCCAGGCAGUGCCUCCUCGCCCUCUCCUCCCCGCGCCCCCGCGCCGGCCUCCUCCGCGCCGCCGCCGCCGCCGCCGCCUCCGGGGAGGCGCCCGUCGAGGCGCCGCCGAGCAAGCCGGACGCGGAGCAGUCCCCCGCCGCGUCCAACGGGGCCGCCAUCAAGGCCGAGAAGGCGCCCGCGCUGGAGCCGCUGCUGCCGAGGUUCCGGGACUCGAGGUGGGUCAACGGGACGUGGGACCUCAGCCAGUUCAGCAAGGGCGGCGCCGUCGACUGGGACGCCGUCAUAGACGCCGAGGCCAGGAGAAGGAAAUGGCUUGAAGAUUGUCCAGAGGCAACUAGCCCAGACGAGGGCGUUGUUUUCGAUACUUCAAUCAUACCGUGGUGGGCAUGGGUGAAGCGUUUCCAUCUCCCUGAAGCCGAGAAGCUAAAUGGCCGUGCUGCCAUGGUUGGCUUCUUCAUGGCAUACUUCGUUGAUAGCUUGACCGGUGUGGGGCUUGUCGACCAGAUGGGCAACUUCUUCUGCAAAACCCUACUGUUUGUUGCUGUAGCUGGUGUACUGCUGGUCAGGAAGAACGAGGACAUCGAGACGGUGAAGAAGCUCAUCGAUGAAACGACGUUCUACGACAAGCAAUGGCAGGCAACUUGGCAAGACGAAUCCCCUUCUCAGCCCAAGAAUUAGCUCUGGAGUGGACUCUGAAUCCUCCUCCCUAUGUUGUAUCACUCUUUUUGCAGCCCUUUUCUCUCUCCCCCCGUUUAUUAGUGAGGCUCAGUACCUUUUGAUGAUCUUGAUACCUACGCCGUCUUGUAAAAAGUAUGAACUCGUUUAUGUGCUAGAGGGUAAUGUUGCUGCGGGUUAUUUGGCUAUAA